CUUACAAAAAUUAUGAAUUACGAGCUAGGAGAAUACAAGGAAAGGCCCAAAUCUCGGCAAAGCAAGCAUCUCAAAAAGACAAAAUAUUCUGUGCCACCAAAAUACAAGAAUGCAGAGAGGUCGGAUAACAUUCGUCGUGGUAGCUCUCAAAACAGCCAUAAAGCCUUGAAGCCAUGCAACUCAAAUCUGACGAUUCCACAUCCAAAUACUUACUUGAUUGUCAAAAGAAGUCGGAAAAAGCCCUCAGAUGCCAAACUUCAAAAGAUGCAGGCAAGGAUCAUCGACCUGACCAACAAGAACAUCAGGCUCAAGAACAAAGUCUCUGUUCUUGAGAACAAGCUGAGAAAGUCCAAAGUUAGGAAGAAAGGGAAAGUAUAUAUUUUCGAUCAAUCGUACUCACUUCAGACUGUUGAAAAUAAGGAGAAUAUCUCAUUAAUGAACCAGAGAGAGGUCAAUGUCGAGAGCCUUAAUGAAUCAACCAUACAGAAUAUUGGGCAGGGCCCUCCCUCCCUGUUUAACAAUGACUCUAAGAAGAAUAGUAGAUGCACCAGCCAGCAUAAAACCUUUGAGCAGGAGAGUAAUGUCUAUGAGGACAUCUCGUACCUUGAGAACCUGGAAAAGAGCAAAAGAAGGUCUCACCAUCACAAGCAGUCAAAGAUACCUAGAGGCCCAAAGAUAAGGGAUGAUAGCUAUUCCAGCAAGUCAAGCAAGACCAAGACCAAAACUGAAGGGUCCCUACAGAGCUUUGAAGCUGGGAAGCAUCAUUCCAGAGCUACUAAAGAAUACAACAAGGAGCUUAAAAAGCUCAGAAAAGAAGUAGAGCUCCUUAAACUUGAAGAAAAUAUCAAGUCUUUUAGCAGAAGAAGCUCUAAUCCAACCAAAUUUGCUGCAAAAUAUGAACUUGAAAAGGUAGACAUUAAGGAAGAAAGGACUUGGAACUCAAACUUCAGGAAGAUUAUGAACGACUUGGACCAGCUUCAUUCGGAUGUGGACAACCUACAAUUUGAAAGCACUCAUGAUGACGAUUCUUCAGAGUAUUACCAAAUAAUGGAAAUUGAAUAG